AUGGAGAACAAGCUGCAGCGCGAAUGGGUGGAGCGCUGGGGCUUCUUCAAGGCACCCCAGCGCCGCUUUCGCUCCGAGAUGCGGAAGGAGAAGCUAGCGAAGAGUGCGAGCGCGCCGGUGCUGGCGGCCGUCUUGACUGAAUCCACCACCAAGAGCAGCUGGCCUCCACCGGCGCCGGUGGAAACCAUCGACUUCAUCAAUGAUCGACAACGGCUGAUGCAUCGGAAGCGGCUGCUUCCCCAGCAGCGCUAUGCUAAACCCAACUGCACCAGCCACCAAUAUGGUUGGAAGCCAACCAUUGAGAGGUGGGGUGUGGCUCAGCACGGUGUCCGGAAGCUUGAAGAAGGAAUGAUGCCAGAUGACAUCAAUUGCACGAUGAUGCACACGCUCUAUGCCAAGAAGUGA